CCCGUGUUAGAUGGCCACAAGGAUAGCAGUGCGAUCAAUCGGUGAGUACAUUUCCGAUGCGCAAAUAUAGGUGGACAAGCGACCAAACAAGCCUAGUAAUUGCCUAGUAAUUGCUCCGUACAAUUCCAUGAUUUAAGAAAACCGCGACGGAAAAAACCACAAGCUCUGCCGGAAACAUGGGAGCAGCGGAUCGUAUCUGAAAUUUUUUUGGAUCUUCUCCUAAAUUCAAACCCAAGAUAGCGAUUAAUAAAAUAACACAUACUUGAUUUCUUGCCAUUGCAGGCUUUUGGCAGUCAACCCGCCUUUUUUUAGUACAACACCUACUCCUAACUCCCAUUUACUGGAGUCCUUAUUCUGAUUUUCCUUUCUUCUUCCUUGCCGUCGCCGUAUCUACCAGACAUUUCCCAGAUAUACCCGCCCUCCUCCUACGCGAUCUACAUCCACCUUUUAAGAUGAUGUCAAGACGGCUUCAAACUGCCGCGCGAGUUCUGCGCCGGCCCAUGCAGCAGCAGCCCCUGCGAGGGACCAUUCUCUUGCCGCUACUCAUGACGCAAGUUCGCACCUAUGCCCAUACCAUCGUUAAAGUCCCUCAGAUGGCAGAAUCCAUUACCGAAGGUACUUUAAAACAAUGGGCCAAGAAAGUUGGCGACUAUGUCGAGCAGGACGAGGAGAUUGCUACCAUUGAAACUGACAAGAUCGAUGUCCCCGUCAACGCCCCCGAAUCUGGAGUAUUAAGAGAGCUGCUCGCCAAUGAGGAAGAUACUGUCACCGUCGACCAGGAGAUUGCAAAGAUCGAGGCCGGCGCAGCACCUGAGGGUGGUGCGAAGUCUGAGGGUACCGAGGAACCGCCGAAAAAGGAGGAGGCUUCCACCGAAUCACGCCCAGCACCUUCAGAGGGAGAGAACAAGCCAGAGCCACCUAAGUCUGAGUCGAAACCCGAGUCUAAGCCGGAACAAUCCAAGCCACAGCCACCCACCCCAGCACCACCUAAGAAAGAGUCUACACCGAAACAGUCUCAGCCAGCCAAGGACAGUUCGGCUAGUACUGGCCCCGUCCUAGGGAGCCGGGAGGAGCGACGUGUUAAGAUGAAUCGCAUGCGCCUUCGCAUUGCUGAGCGCCUAAAGCAAUCGCAGAACACCGCUGCGUCGUUGACAACUUUCAACGAGGUUGACAUGUCGUCAUUAAUGGAGUUCCGCAAGCUCUACAAGGACGAGGUGCUCAAGAGGACUGGUGUCAAGCUUGGUUUCAUGAGCGCAUUCUCGCGCGCAAGUGUUCUAGCUAUGCGAGAUAUCCCUGCUGUCAACGCCUCUAUCGAGGGGGAGAACGGUGGCGAUACUAUUGUAUACCGCGACUACGUCGACAUUAGCGUGGCUGUUGCCACCGAGAAGGGUCUGGUCACUCCUGUCGUCCGCAAUGCUGAAUCCAUGGAUAUGGUUGGAAUCGAAAAGGCUAUCGCAGACAUGGGCAGGAAGGCCCGAGACGGUAAGCUUACGAUCGAGGACAUGGCUGGUGGUACUUUCACCAUCAGUAACGGCGGUGUCUUUGGCUCUCUAAUGGGUACCCCUAUCAUCAACCUGCCGCAGAGCGCUGUAUUGGGUCUCCACGCCAUCAAGGACAGGGUUGUUUCUGUAAAUGGUAAGGUCGAGGUUCGACCGAUGAUGUACCUUGCCCUAACGUACGAUCACCGACUACUCGACGGCCGAGAAGCCGUCCAGUUCUUGGUCAAGGUCAAGGAGUAUAUCGAGGAUCCCCGUAAGAUGCUGUUGGGUUAAUCUGAUAGAUGCACGGAGGGGUUCGUCAAUUUAUUACGGUAAAUGGAAUGGGUCACAUCAUCGGUAGAGUGUACAGUAGAGCGGUCAUCCUGUCGGCAUGCUUGUGGGGGUGUCUUCGAAUAAAUAUCUUUGAAUAAGCAAUGUAAUUCCUACGCACUUUCGUGGUGUAGUUGUGUGUGAAUUUGCCAGCGAUCGUGUCGAUUAAUGUUGGUAAAGAAAUAAGUGAA